AUGGCGUCCCAAGAGCUUAAACAUAGAACCGGAGAUGAACCCAGAACCGGCGACGAACCCAUCGUCGAAACCGAUAUGGACAACAAAACCAACAAAGCAAGAAGAUCACAGAAGAGAACGGCCAUGGCGAAACGUGGCCUCCGAUCACUAGCCAUAGCAGUUGCUCUUCCUCUCUCUUUAACCUUUGCAAGCGUUUAUUUAUUCGGGUCAAAUACCAGCUAUAGCUCCGGAAAACCGUUUUGGUUCCCACCCCUAUGGGCUUUGCACUUGACUUGCGUGUUGUCAGCUUUCCUCAUGGGUCUCUCGGCUUGGCUUGUGUGGGCCGAAGGUGGGUUCCAUAGGAACCCAAACGCGUUAGCUCUGUAUGUGGUUCAGUUGAGUCUAGCUCUGGCUUGGGACCCGAUCGUGGUUUUGAUUGGACCGGGUUGGGUGGCGUUGGCCGUGUGUUUGGCGAAGGUGGGUGCUCUGGUGGCGUGUUCUCAGGUCUUCCGGGAGGUGAAUCCCAUCGCCGGCGAUCUAGUUUUGGCUUGUUUGGCUUGGGCUGUGUUUCUCUCUGCUGUAACGUUGACGCUUGUGUAUGUCUGA